AUGUCUGAGAACUCGGUGCUGUCGCUGCCUGUUGAGGCGCCAGGUCAAGACACGCCUGGAGUUAAUAGCGAAAAUGCUGUUGAGGACACACAUCGCCUGGAUACAUCCUCAGCUACUCGGGUUCAGAAAAGAAAAAGGACAAGUCCCCGAGACCAUUCCAUACUCGAGUCUGCGUAUCAACAGAAUUCGAAGCCUGAUAAAGAGCAGCGCGCUACUCUUGUUCAGCAGACAGAAUUGACGGAGAAGGAAGUUCAGAUAUGGUUCCAAAACCGCCGGCAGAACGAUCGUAGAAAGGCUAAGCCUUUACAACCGCACGAACUGAUUCCGCAUUUCCGUAACGGUGUGCCUGUUGAAGCUGUGAAGCAAUUGCCUACACCUGAGAACAGUCAGGAAAGCUUGGUUGGAGGAGCCUCCUCAGCUCAAGUUCUCUCGGAUCAACUGUCUCCUCGUGGUCCGAGCAUAAAAGAGAUACUCAAUGAGUCAGAAGCUCCGACAUCUUCCAGCCCUACUACCUCCUUGCAGAAAACGCCAAACACAAGUGCUGUUCUUUUCACACCACCAUCAAGUCUAGGACAGUCCAUUGAAGGGAACCGCGGACUAUCACAGCCAUCUAGUGCGACUACGGUUCCGAGCUCAAAUGCUCCCAUCGCAAGGAAGAGAAGCCACGAACAGAUGACUGGUAAUGGUUCCCAGCCUCUGCCCCAGGAUGAAUCACCAAAAGAUUCCAAGUCUUUGCGACGCACAUCCUCGUUUGUGCGUCUAGCCGUUUCUGCAGAUGGCUCCGUCAAAAUACGCGUCAAUGAUGAAAUGACACCAUCUCCUCCGAAAGAGCGACCCGCACCCCCUUCGAACAUGGUCACUCCACGUUCGUCCGGCUUAGCGAGGGCCCGAAGUGAUGUUGCAAGUACUUUCAAUUUUCGAGACGUGCCAGGCUCUGCCAAAGGAGCGAUUGGAAGGUCGAGAGACGCAAGAACCUGGGAAUUCUAUUGUGACAGAUCUGCCCGACAUUCGCUGGCUGCACGUGCGGAAGAAGAGGCAUCAGGCUCAGCUGUAGGAGCCUUAGGACUGAUGCGUUCAGCCAGUUCGAAGCGUACACUGCCACUAACUCCAAAUGCAGCAAAACACAACAACAUGAGAAGAACACCAUCUAGCAUCAAGGGAAAGCCCGGCCUGCCGAGAGCGCAAUCGUCCAUGGCCAGAUUGCAGAGCUCCGAUGGACUAUCUGAGGAGGACAGCGCGAAAAGGUUGCAAUCCGGACACUACCGCCGCAGCUCCGGCACUGAUUCUGAUAAAGAAAACUGGUUACCAGGAACACGUCACGCCGUCCACGAUUUUCGAAGAUCACAACAGUCUACGCAACAACGAGACACUAUUUUUCAAGGGCAUAGUGGCGCAAGAACUGAGCACGCGCAUCCCAUCCCCACGUCGUUGGGCAGUAAGAACCAAGUGAGGAGACCACCUAAUGGAAAAGCGAAAGGUGAAGAUUUGGAUUGUGUGCAAGGUUUGUUGUCUUUGAGUCAGGGUGCGUGGCGGUGA